UUGGCUAUUUUCUCCUCCUGCAGUGUUUCUUUUUAAGUUUAUAUGGGUUAGAGAUACGUUGUUAUAAGUUUAUUUGGAGGAUGUUGGGGUUUGUUCCGUUUCAACACCGAUGGCUUUUGUAGCAGCCAAAGGGUUAAUCUGUUGGGUCUGAUGGAGAAGCACAAGUGGUCUGAAGUGACAAAGCUGGUGGGGUGAGGUUUAUAGCUGCAAAUUGCAGAAUGUCUGCUUCAGUUAAAUAUGGCCGGAAGAAACCUUUGCCUCCUUCUCCAAACCCUCUGUUCUUACAGUGGUUGACUGAAUGGAGAGAUAAAGCAGCAGAAAAGGGAAAGAGGACUCAGUUUGUUUAUCAAAAGGCAAUAAAUACAUUAAGGAAGUAUCCACUACCUCUUCGAAAUGGGAAGGAAGCAAAAAUUCUACAAAACUUUGGAGAUGGCAUCUGCAAAAUGCUAGAUGAAAAAUUGGCUCAAUAUUACCUGGAGCAUGGUCCUGAUGCACCCAUACAUUGUUUGUCUACUUCAAAUUCAACAGAACAACCAAAAUUAAAAAGGAGAAGUUCAUCAAAACGAUCGGGAAACUUUUCAGAUGUCCCUGCUGUGUCCAUGACAGAUAACCUAGAAGAUGAUCAAAGAGAAAAUGUGGGCCCCUGCUCCUCUAAAAGAAGUAAAAUGGCUGAUAAGAAGCUCCGAGAAUAUGUACCUCAGAAGCGAUCUGGUGGUUAUGCUGUUCUGCUUACCCUGUACCAAGACAGUAAGAAUCCACAUGGACGAGGAUUUAUGACAAAGCCAGAGUUGCAGCGAGAAGCACAACCCCUCUGUGAGAAAUCCCUCACCUUGCCUGAUCCUGGUUGCAAAUAUACAGCAUGGUCAUCAGUUAGCACCCUGGUUCAAAAAGGCCUUGUCAUCAAAACCAACAAUCCUGCCAGGUAUUCACUGACUGAGAAAGGGGUUGAGCUUGCUAUGAAACUGGAGAAGGGUGAAGAGGGAUUGGAUACUGCUGUAGUAGCAAGAGUUCCUUUGGAGACAGUAGACCUUACAGAAGAUGAAGAAGAUGCUGAUAAUCAAAGGCUUCCAGCAGUCUCUGGCUCAUGGACAAACACCAAUAAUUCCUCUGGUGAGAGCUCGACGAACACUGAACUUGGUGCCUUCGGUAGUGGUGUGAGUCUGCCCAUGGAGGACAGCCAGGAAUCACAAAGCAGUACUGGCUGUGAAGUAGUUCCCUUCUUGCAUCGUCCAGAGUUUAUUUUCAAGCCGGGCGAAUUUAAUAUUGUACUUUGCGUGGAUUUUAUUGAAACAACGGGAGGUUAUAGUGAAGAAUUAAUAAUGCAGUCUUUAAAAAAGUUACUUGAACUACAAAGGGAUGAAUGUGAAAUAAGUUGUAUAAAUGAUAACUUUAAGUUUGAUUCUGUAUUAGGUCAGCUGCGUGCCCCUCAGCCUCGUGAACUGGUGCUUGAUUAUGUGGUGGAGAGGAAAAGAAUGGAUGACCUCUGUGGAAGCAUCAUUGAUGGACGUUUUCGUGAGCAGAAAUUUCGACUCAAAAGAUGCGGACUUAAAAAGCCAGUCUACCUAAUAGAAGAUCAUGGUGCUGUACAACACCUGAGCAUCCCUGAGAGCACCCUGCAGCAAGCAAUAGUAAAUACUCAGGUUGUGGAUGGGUUUUUCAUCAAAAGGACAAAAGAUGUCAGAGAGUCAGCAGCUUAUCUCACCAUCAUGACAAGAUACCUGCAGAGUCUUUAUCUGACUAAAAAGCUGCUGUGUUGUACAAAGGAGGAAGAUUCUAAGUUUGACAGAGUUUGUUCUCCAUCAGCAGACUCAAGCAUCCUUUUGACAUUUGGAGAAUUCAAUGAAGGAGCCAUGAAAAACAAGGCCCAGACUGUCAAGGAGGUGUUUGCUCGCCAGCUGAUGCAGAUUAGUGGAAUUAGUGGAGAAAAAGCUUCUGCUAUCUUGGAGAAAUACAGUACUCCUGCCAGUCUUUUAAAAGCUUAUAAUGAAUGUACAACAUUAACAGACCAAGAGAAGAUGCUUUCCUGUAUCAAAUGUGGAAAACUGCAGAGGUGA